AUGCCGACCAACGAACCAAACAUCCAACAUGAACCUGGCGAACUAGACAAUGGUCCGAAAGCAAACUACAAGCUUCAGCUCGACCAAGCAGCCAGAGAUGCACUAAAGUCUCCGAGUGAAAUAAAAAAAUCUUCCAGUCCCCCUGCGAACCCAGUCUUAGCAUUCCCUGUGCCCUGUUUCUCGGUUGUUUUUAUUCUCAGAGCUGAUGCGUCAUCUGCACCCGAAAACAAAAAAGUGUCACAAUACAUACCAGCCGUUGGAAAGCUACUCGGAGCCGAGAGAGACGAGGUCAAAAAGCCAGAUCCGACCCCAGAGCAGAUCCCUGGCCCUCCAGAGAGGCCGACACAUGACAUCCAAAUAGAAGAGUUCGUCCGGGAUCAGCACAGAAGCAGGACGGAAGACGUGGAGGAUGCAAAAGUCCAAUGA